AUGGUGCGCCAAACACCAACUCGUUCCGCAAGGAACCGGGCAACGCCCGCCCGUCAACCUAAGCGUCAAAGACAGACAAAUGAUCAUGCUCCAGAUGUCUAUCAAGAUCUGUUGGAGGAGGCUGAAGCCAGAGAUCCUGGGCAAUUUGCUUCAGACAGACCAAUCAAGAGGCGCAAGGCCGGGGAUAUGAAAGCUAUCCCUGUGGGAUUUGGGCCCCCGGAACAAACAGAUCGGAGCGCAGAAACAAACAAACAUAGCACCCAACCAGUGCAAACUGUGUAUGAUUCAUCGACAUCAGAAGAAUCAGAUGUUGAUUGGGAAGAUGUUGAAUUACAGCAACCUUCUCAAUCCUUGUUGAAUAGACGCCUUGUGUCUGAUGGCGACGACGAUAUGCUCCAAAUCACACUAGAGCAAGAACCCGAGAAGCACAAAAAAGCAGUCCAAAGAAGGAAGCCAUUGACCGGAGCCGAGAGAAAAGCCAGAUUGGAUGUGCAUAAAUGUCAUAUUCUUUGCCUUCUUGGCCACGUUCAGUUGCGCAAUAUGUGGUGCAAUGACGAGGAAUUACAGGAAUUUCUAAAGAAGACACUGUCUAGGAAGGUAAUCGCUCUUCUGCACCCAGAUGAGGAUAAACCACAUUAUAGCAGAUCCACCACCUUUAUGGAUGGUCUCAACCAGGCUGCAGAUGCCUUCACGCGCAGAUUUCAGGUUACAAAACCAGGAAUGAAACGGUCUCACUGGGCGGAAGAUGAAACGCAGUUGAAGCAGAAAUUGAUGAACGCAGCAAGAGUGAAAAAUCACCUGUUGCUUCAAGGCCUCGACGAAUUGGACAGCCCAAAUUCACCCCCUCACGUCCUCCUCAACCAAAAUUCUAUUCAGGCAUGUCCGAUUCCGACAUCGCGAGAUUCAUCAUUUCCUGUAUUUUGGGUCGAAGCUUUCAAUGAAGCUGCACAUAAAUGGGUUUCAAUUGACCCCAUCGUAACAAAAUCCCUUGCUAAACCUUCGAAAUUUGAACCGCCUGCGAGCGAUUCGUUGAACAUGAUGAAUUAUGUGGUUGGUUUCGAGGAUGAUGCCUCUGCAAGAGACCUCACUCGUCGCUAUGUAAAAGCAUUUAAUGCAAAGACGCGGAAACUCCGCGUGGAGUCCACACGGAAUGGCGAGGAGUGGUGGAAUAAAGCGCUAAAUGCCUAUGAAAAACCCUUCUUCGAGGAUCGGGAUGAGGCAGAAAUUAGUGAACUAACAUCCAAAUCAGCAGCUGAGCCCAUGCCACGCAAUAUCCAGGACUUCAAGGACCAUCCCGUCUAUGCACUUGAGCGACACGUCCGUCGCAAUGAAGUGAUCCAUCCCAAACGAGUCAUUGGGCACGUGGGAUUAGGAAAAAGCACAGCACGGAGUGAGACAUCAGAACCCGUUUAUCGGCGGUCUGACCUGCAUAUUGUGCGAAGCUCCGAUAAAUGGUAUCGUCUUGGGCGGGAUGUCAGAGUUGGCGAACAGCCUCUCAAGCGUGUUGCUGCAAGUCGAAACAGGGGCGGAGGCUUCAGUGACGAUGAAGAUGAAAAUGAGCCCCAAGAGACUACACUAUAUGCCGAGUUCCAGACAGAAAUAUACGUUCCGCCACCGGUGGUUCAGGGGAGAAUCCCGAAGAACACAUAUGGAAACCUCGAUGUCUAUGUCCCCAGUAUGGUUCCGCCUGGCGGAGUUCACAUCAAGCGGCUGGAGGCCGUUCGAGCAGCUCGGAUCCUUGGAAUUGAUUAUGCCGACGCAGUCACUGGAUUUGAUUUCAGGGGCCGUCGUGGUACCGCUGUACUCGGGGGAAUUGUUGUUGCCAUCGAGUACCAGGAGGCGCUUGAGGAAGUUAUGAGGGGCCUCGAAGAUGAGAGACGGCAUGCUGCACUGGAGGCAAGAACUGCGGAGGCUCUGCGGUUCUGGCGACUCUUUUUGGUGAAGCUUAGGAUUGCAGAAAGGGUUAAGGAAUAUGCUGGCGAUGACGAAGAACAAGAGCUCGAAGACAUCGAAGACGAAAUAGAUGUUGAAGAUGCUGGUGGUGGAUUCUUCCCUGAACCAGACCAACCACUCAACAGCCCACCUCUGAAAGCUCAGGGAAGGGGGGGGAUGGUGCAUGAUCAGCAUUUUCCCGAAGACUACGCAGGAAGAGAAGUGGAACCGCCAUCAGACGAGGAGGAUUAUGCUCUUGGAGGGGGGUUUCUGCCAGAUGAUCAUGAUCCAGCUCCGGGCCCGGUGGAACCUCCAAAGCCUCAGCCCUUGACCAUAACCCGGAGAUCGAUUCCCGAGAGUAUUGCGAGGAACCAAGCAUCAAAAACGCCUCGCUACUCACUGGUGGUUGUCCCAAACCACGGCUCAAACCCAACAUCCGUACCCCAAGUCAUCGCAGGAUCGUCUGACAAAGCUCCUAUCGCGAUAGACUCGUCGACAUAUGGUGGCUCAAAAUCUGCAAGUGUGGUCACUGUCUCCCGGCCACCGUCACCCGUGCCCAUUUAUGAUUCUGACAGCGAGAUUGAGAAGGGUUCUUUGCUUUCUGAAGACCCUGACGAUGAGGAUGCAAUUCCCGAAUGGCUAAUGUCUGAUGAGGACUAG